GCUUUGUUGCUUGUUUUGUUUCUGCUUCUUAUUCACUUUUGUCUCUAAUACCCUGUGAAUACAGCAGCUUGUACAUCCUGUGAACACAUCUAAAGACUCUGCAACUGCAAUUGAGCACUGACGGGUACGCACUGGGAGAACUUCAUUCGAUCUCGCGCGCAUCCGGCCUCUCCAUAUAUUCCACACCAAGGGUUCUGCUUGUCAAUGUAUACCAUGAUAGCAGAGAUUUUAUCAUCGCCCCGAUUGUGGUCGCUUUUCAACAUCGUGCUGGUGGUGUUCGUGCUGGCUCUCAUUGUGCACUGCCUGUUGUGUGUUGGGCUGGGACUCUCUGUCGGAUACAUCAACCCGUUCUUGCUCAGCGUCUACCAUGUUGGAAUGAUCUCCAAGGAUAUGACCAUCAGGAUAAGAUCCGUGCAGCUGAAACUAUCGCUUUUUGACCUCUCGAACGUGCUGUUGGUGGUGGAUGGUCUUGAGCUGACGCUGCGUAAGAAGGGGAGCAAGGAAGCGCCUAGCGAGCGUGUGCCUGUGCCUACGCUGGAUGACCUCGGUCAGCUGGAUCCAGAUAGUCCAAUUUGUAUCUAUUCACAGCAUAAGAAGUUGAGGAUGUUCGUCAAGUUUUAUCUCUUCUACUUCAGGUUCAUCGGCGUUAAGUUGUUUGACAUUGCCAUAAAGACAGAAGAUGGGUUUUGGAACAUCCACAUUGAUUCCUUCCAGACAAGGAUUGAUAUGAAUAGCAACAAGAAGGAUAACGUCCAGGUGAAGGCUCGCAUCGUGCAAGCCAACAUGAACACACUGGAAGCGCUAGAUUCGCUGGCAUUCGAGGCCACAGGCUCGUUGGACACUGAGAGUGGUGAAUUGGGCGGACUCAAGUUGAAGAUGGAUACCAGGGCCAUCACUUUGAGGGUCACAUCCCUGAUCAAGAGAAUACAACAUUCAAAGCUAUCGGAACAUCUCAAGUCUAAAUCGGCAAACGAACCAGAUGUGGAUGAAGCUGAUAAACUGCUUACACACAUUCACCAGAAGAUGAUGUUUUUCUGUUUAUGGGUACGUCUCAUAGAAUCUUGUGACAUUUCGUUCCAAAGUCUGUGCAUACGUGAUUAUCCACUCGCUAGUUUUGGUAUAGUUCGUUGUCCAGAGUAUAAGCCCAUGGCUGCUGUACAUCUAAACGUCAAAUCAAUAGUGUUUUCCAUGCAGAGGAUGUUUGCAGAUUCCCCUGGGUUCGGACUGACCUAUAAUCAUGGUGAUAAGCCAUAUAGGAUUGUGGUGAAUUUGACAGGUGUUUCAAUGCAAAUGGAGCACAUUGGUGCUACACCUCCAAAGGAGAUUCUUUCUGUUCCAAACAUUGCAAUCACUGGUUCUUCGAACAUUGCCUUCCGUACACUGGAGGCUACUAUCACUGGAGAGACAUCUAAAGGUAAGGCAAUUCUAUCUGGCCAUUUCUCUGAACCUCUACUGGAUAUGUCAACCAGCGAGAUUUCCCUAGUUGUGCAAAGUGUCUUGAACUUUUUGACUUAUAUGAGGCAUAUGUUUCCAGACGGGCACCAGAAGAAGCCUUCAAGGUCUUCAAACGAGAAGUCUUGGUUACUCUGUGAACGAGUCUCAAGCGUUUGGCCGACUCUUAAGGUGAAGGUUGGUAUCGAGAACCCAAUUUUCAUGACGAAAAGUGCAUUUGAGGAUGACUUCUUGAGGAUUUUGCUCUUGAGAUCCUCUUUGAUCUCUUUAGAAUUGGCAACCAAGAGAGACUUUACUGGAGAUCGUCUCAGAUACAUCGCUUCUUCCAAAUUGGCUGUCAACGACAUGAAGAUUGCUUUCCGUGAUACCAAACUCGAUCUGAGCGAAAGUAUUCUCAAUGUUGGUGACAUCAACACGACUCAACUAUGCGAGAUCUUGCCCACCACCAAAUUAUACUCAUCUUUCUAUACUGAAGAUGUGAACUUGGAUUUAUCUCAAAUACUGGUGCUAAAUGGUGUGAAUUACAUAAUAGGCGAACUUGAUUCGAUGAUUGUACCUCAGUUUAGACACUUUCUGAGGAGUGCUAAGCUGGAAAGAGAACAAUUUAGCGAUACUUCUUCAGACGACUCUCAGGAUGAAGAGCCAAAGAAAACUGAUUCUAGAAGAGCUAUUGAUAUCGUUCAUGGUAUGAUUCCAGAAUGGUUGAAGAAGGUUGAGCAUUGCUGUACCGAUACAAAUAUCAUUGUGGGAUCUCGUUCCGUGCUGCUCAAUAAAGACCUUAUAAAAUCUAUCCAUCCUCAAGCGAAGAAUGAUCUGAUUAAUGAUGAGCUGAGAAAGGUACAAUUUUCUGUUGAGAAGUGGAGUCUUACUUUUGACACCAGUGAUGAUGACUUGGACGAAGCAGCAUCAAGUACCAUGGUUUCGCUAGAAGAUGAUGACAUGGGACUUCUUGACACGUUUUCAGAGGACAGUGGUGGUUCAGAUAAAUGGAAAGUGAACUUCUGUUGCUCGAAAACUCUUGGAAAAAUCGUAUCUGAGAAGAGCAGUGACAAGCAUGAACUACAUAAUAAGGUGUUUCUUAGAGUUCCAGAUACAGCUAUCUCGUUCAAGCCUUGUCCAAAUGGCGAGGACGAACUGUACCUUUCUUGGAAAGUGUCCAGGAUUGAGGCUUUCUACUCUGUUAUCACUCAUUUCAUCAUAAUAUCUGGGUUUCAUCUAGUAAGAAACACCAUAUUUGAAUUCAUGCACAAGAACCCAAUUGGAGGGACCUGGACUGACAAGAGUUCAAAGCCAAAGUCAAGUGGUAUUGGCAAGAAGAUCUUACAACAGGUGCAACUGAGCAUGGAUGUCGGUAUGAUUGAUCUUAUUGUGGUUAUGCCAGAUCGAAUGAAGAUGAGAUUAGAGCUUACAGACUUUGACGUUGAAGGCAGCAUAGCAUCUCCGAUCAGCGUUGGUGCAUCUUAUACUCGACUUUGCACAGAGUCGCCAACAUCUCCAGGAUAUUGGUCAAGACUGAUCACUGCUGUCAAUGGUACUACGAUGGUGAACUUACCAACAAUACUGGCUAAAGGCGAUGGUCCAUGGGUUGAAACUGGGAAUGAAUCAUGCCACAUUGCAACACCUCAUCAACUUAUCAUUUAUCGUAUAUUUGACAACAUAUCGGUCAUGUUUAAGACUCUCAAACAGCUUCAUUAUUCGUUGAAAUGGAAUUCCGAUGAAAUCGUUAUCAACCCAAGUCUGAUGAAGCCUAAGAAAUUACCGAAAAUUAACCUCAGAUCUAAUAAGCUUGAAUUCAGUAUGGAAGAUGACCCAUUUGAAUCGGAGCUCAAUAUGAUCUUCCAGAUUGGCCUUCUCGAACAGAAAAUGCGUCUUGAGAAGUUGCAUGUGUUUGAAACACGUUUGAAAGAGGCAUUGCAGACAAAGGUCAAACCGGCAACCCCAUUAUCUCCAACUUCAAAGGUUUCCAAAAAGAUCGGAGUGGAGGAUGCUGUUCAUUCCAUACGUUCGGUGCCAAAGAAAAUCAGCCAGAUUGUUGCUGGUAAUACAAAUUCUGUCUCAGCAUUCCCAGUUGAAGACGAUAACAGCUUUAUGUCUCCUCAACAUUGGACACCAGAAAACACCAAGCAAUACUUGAACAAAAUCUAUGAAGGGUUCUCUAAAUCCUGGAUUACUAGAGUUAAGGCUUACCGCAAGAAGCUUGAAGAUAAUUUUACCGACAAUUUUCAUUAUAUCUGGGGUAUUAUUGACUCAAACUCAUUUCCACCAGGCUUCAACAAUAGAGUGUUGGAUUUCAUUAAAGACCCCCCAUUGUUUAGUUUGAUCCUUGAAGGCUUAGACCUUGAUAUCGGUGAACCGGAGUGUGGAAUUCAAAAUCUACCUGAUUUCCUGUAUGACGUUGGUAAGGGAGUACCAAAAGAUUCGAAAUACUCUACUUUGAUUCCACUCCACAUCGACCUGAAGCUAGAUGAACUCAAAUGUCACUUGAGAGAUUACCCUCUACCAUUCAUAUAUAUGCCGAGAUUAUCUGCGAAGCAGAAAUCUGAUUCAACUGCUAUCAGGAUCCAUGGUGACCUUGUGGUUGGAGAGUUCAUGAUCAAGUCCCGUGAUGAGGUUAGAGAAGUAUAUGUCCCACUUGUUCCUGGGUGUGGAGAGUUUGAUGAAGAUAAUUGUUAUUCUAUUGAGGUCCCGAAGACCCUCACGUCGAUCAAAUUCUAUACACGUCUUGAUUGGGAGUUGCACUCAGAGUAUGCUACUCAAGUGUCUUGGUCAAGCUCAUAUCAACCUUGUAUCGAGCAGUUGAUCCUCAACUUGGAUAACUUCACCAAACCUCCAAUUGAUCUUUCAGAGAAAGUUGGUUUCUGGGACAAGAUCAGAGCAAAUCUACACGCUCGUGUGUUCUUUAAAUUCAACGAAUCAGGUCGUCUCGAUGUUGUUUUCAAGGGCUCGAAGAAUCCAUAUGCCAUUGGUGGAGAUUCUUCUGGUUUCCUUCUUGGGUUUAAGGAUGAUGUAUCCUUGACGUUAAACGGUAACGAUGAUCCGACAGACUUUAUCUAUGCUAAAGCCAAUCAAGUUUGGUUCUGUACUCCAAAUCACUUUGCUCAACCGCUAAAGGUGUGGUCAAGGUCCACCAAGAAUGCAGUUCUACUAUCUGAUACGUCAACAAAUUACCAGAGUUCGUCCUUUGGUUAUUACCUUGGCGUUGAUGGGCCCCCAGAUACAUCUCAGGUUAAUGCCAUGAAGGAUUCAUACAUCGAGAAGCAUGUUAUCAAGCUCACUGGUGGGGUGAGUUUUAAGCUGGGCUUCUUCUUUGAAAGAAAGAUCCAUGGCUCACUCGAAAGAACAUCAGAUUUCAUUCCCCACUUUGAUGUUACUCUGAUAAAUCCAAAGUAUGUCAAAGACAGAAACAAUUAUGAUGCCUAUAGAGGAUUCAGAAGUCAAUAUAUUCACAUGGCUUUAUCGCUUAUUUCAGUGGAAUCUGACGCUUACAAUACAAUUCAAUUGACACCUGUCACGUUUGAAUACUUCUUCAAAUGGUGGAAGAUGUUUUCUAAUACUUUGCCAAUUCGUCAUGGUAAGCUCUUUGGGCCAGAGAAACAGACCAAGAAGUUUUCACGCCAUCUAUUCACUAUAAAGUACCAAGCAAUAAUUGAGCCACUCUUUGUAUCUCAUGGUUACCAUAAUCUUGAACAUAAGGGACAGAACCACGAGUCUGAUUGUGUUGGUAUAAAGGGGAGGGCUUCGAAGUUUGUGCUUGAUCUUCACCAACGUAAGGAGCUGACUUUUGAAUACAACGAGAAACUGGGAAUCACCAAGAAGGCAAUGAAAAUGAAAUUUAAUACUGGUAAAGUUGACUUAGAUCAAUUCGACGUCAGGGUCAUGGAGGCACUAUUUGAAGAUGUCGGAUGUGCUGAUGCUGAUAGUACCAAGAAACCCCGUCACAUAUUUUCUACUUUUGACGGAGAUGAGACCUGGUUUGAUCUCAAGGACUUCGAUGAAAUUGGUGAACCGACACACACAAUGAUGAACACAAAUGUCGUUAUUUCUCCCAUAAUGUACACACCAAGAUUCUUGUACUUCAAACGGAAUGACUACGGUGACAAGUAUCAAAUUGACAGUGAGACAGGAAAGCUGGUUGUUCCCUUUGGCAACGAAAAGUUCCACACAUGUGUCAUUGAUUCUCACCCAUCUUCUCAUACUCAAGACGAACUUUUCACCAUCAGGAUAGAAGAGUUAGAAGCCAAGUUCAAAGAUAACAAUGAAAAGAUUGAAAAGCUCUCCCUCAGUGUGAAUGCAAACGAUCAGAAAAUAUUGAGAAAUCUGAAGUUUGAUAAUGAGCAACUACGCGAGGGAAUUAACUUCAUCAAGGGCUUGAAUCAUGAGCGUGCCAAAGGAGAUGGUUUGUUGCUACCUGAGGACACAACAAGUGAGGAGACAUUUAUCAACUGCUUUAUUGUUCACAACAUGAUGCUUAAAUGGAAUGACCAGAACAGAGAUAUCAUGUAUCGAUACAUGUUUAUAUCUGAUAUGAGAGACACGAUUUCCCAUUUUUCUCAGCACAAGUCUUUGGGACAUAUUGAUGAAGCCAUUGAAACUCAACGCGUUGCUAAUUAUGAGGGGCAGGAGGCACGUCAUUCACUUUCCAAGGUAACUACUUAUGCAAGUUUGAUGAGCAGCAAACAAGCAAAUGAGCCAGAUUUAAGCAUCAAUACUUCCAGAGCCUCUGAACACAUGAGACACUUUAAGGAAGAUUUACGUGAACUGCUCAUCGAUGUUCCUUAUAAAAUACACAACAAUUAUCUUGUCAAGUUGAUUUCUCCCCAGAUCCAAUUACAGAGCCAGGAGGAUAAAGAUGCUGUUGUCCUUGUUGUUGCUCCAAAGAUUGAAAUGGAUGGUUUAGCCUUUGAUUCCAAUCAAGACGAAGACAAUAACGAUGAGCAUAUUAUCGAAAAAAGAUUCGGUGUUUCAUUAACGGAUGCUAGUAUGUUUUUGUUCCACGAGGGCGAAUACAUGUCUACAGGAAAGCUGUUCUUCAACUCCUCUUCCUAUGGUUCGUUGACGAACUGGCCACCAUGGUUGGGUGUUGAGCUUUGCUAUGAUGGAUCUUUGAUCAAUAGUCAUGUCUUGAUGGAGAAGACAACAGUAAUGAUACAAUUUGAUAAGCCAACAUCGUUCUUCAUUGGACCAGAAGAAGAAGAUAUUACCAGGUUAUCUACAAACUUAUCUCAGGUGACGUUGAAGUGUGAUAGUAAACAGUACAACUCGUUGUAUUCCAUAAUCAUGAACCUGCUCAUCUACAAUGACCCAAAGAACUUGAGGAUCAAGCAACUUGAAUCUAAAAUGUUGUUGAGUUUGGACUUUGAUGAUCUUGCUACCAUCAAGAAUCGCAUUGUGGCUUUACAAAGAUACUCUGUACAGCUUCAGGAGAUCAUUGACAAUUUUUCUUCGAAGAGGAGUGUGCUUGAUGACCUGGAUUUGAAUGAUUUGAACCUACUAAAGGGAAGCCGCUUCGAAAUUCUCCAAGAACUGUUCUUGAUGAUGAAGGUCUCUGCAGUUGGUACAAGAAAAUCAGUGGAUCAAGCGACAGACUUCUUGGAAUGGAAUAUCAAAGCCGAUGACAUUAAGCUUCACAUGUUGGAUGAAAAUAGACGUCCGUUCCUGGAUGUGCUUUUAUCCAACUCACACUUCAAGCGUAUUGAAAGCUCUGACCAUUCUGACCGGAACUCUAUUAUCAUUGAUAAUCUUGAAGUUAUAAAUCUGGACAAGGAUUCUAAUCUACCAGUACUCUUCUCAUCCUUUGAUAAAGAUCACGGCAAGGCCAAGAAGAAGAAGAAACGGGUUGUGCACGAGGGUGAUAUUGACCCACUUAUUGUCAUCACAUGGCAUAUGGACUAUCCUGUGGGUGGCAUCAGACUCAUGCGGAAAUUCGAUAUUGCGAUCAAACCUGUCCAGCUAAGUAUUGAGGAGAUUACCGGUACACGGAUCUUGCACUACGUAUUCCCAGAUCAAGACAUCGAGGAAGCCGAAAGGAAAUCUGAUGAUGCCAACAGUAUUAAGACGGGCCAAUCAAGUGUGAAUACGAGCCCAAGAAAGCUAGCAAAACCCAAACCAAGCCAAUUGUCAUUCCAUAGAAAUGACUCUGAAAUUGACAGUCCAAGGUCUAGUAUUGCAAACGGUCGAAACGGCAUUGAUCAAUUAGUCACUGUGACAUCCACCAAUGAAUCCGAGACAGACGAGGAAAUGGAUGAUAUGUUAGAGAGAGCUUCAAAGUUCCUCAGCUUCAACUCCUUUAGACUGAGAACAGCUGUUCUAUGUGUCACUUUUAGGGGGAAAGGUUCUAAGAAGCUGAUCAACGUUUCCAACUUUGUUUUCACAUUACCUGAAGUCGCAUUCAGCAAUAAGACACUGACACUGCUUGAUCUUGCGCUGUAUAUCAAAAAGAUGUGCGUGAAGGCUCUUUUGAGCCAUACUGGAAGUAUCUUGGGUAACAAAUUGACCAGUCAUGAUAGUAAACAGCACGUGAAGAACAUCAGCCCCUAUGCUUCUGACAGAAUCAACAGCUUCAGAGAUUGAACAGGGUAAAACAACAAACACUCUAUGUACUCUAUGUACUUUAUUCAAGGCUACUAUUAAUAUGUAAUUUUGAUCUGUUACUCUACAGAGUACAACGUUCUCAGAUUAUCAUUAAUUAUUCAUUAGAAUUACUCCACACGGCGUUUCUUCAUGGCCUCAUCAGUCUUUACCUUUGCCUUUCUCUUUGUUCCCUGAGGAUCACCAAUUCCUAAUAUGGAUGAGUCAAAUCCGGGCACACCACUCUCCAGUGUUUUGGAGAAGCUGACGUUGUACUUGAGAGCCGUUGGAUCAAACUUGGUCACUUGAAUUGGAGCACCUUCUCUAUCAGGUGCAUACACAA